AUGCCUCUGUGCGGCGGAAAGAAGGUGGUGCAGCGCAAACUCGUCCUGCUGGGCGACGGCGCCUGUGGAAAGACCAGUCUCCUCAAUGUGUUCACGCGCGGUUUCUUCCCGACGGUCUACGAACCCACGGUCUUCGAGAACUAUGUCCACGAUAUCUUCGUCGACGGCAUUCACAUGGAAUUAUCUUUAUGGGACACUGCGGGACAGGAAGAGUUUGACCGGCUGCGAUCGCUCUCGUACGACGACACUCAGGCCAUCAUGCUCUGUUUUAGUGUCGACAACCGUGGCUCCCUCGAGAACGUGUCAACAAAAUGGAUUGCCGAAAUAAACGAACACUGUCCCGGGGUCAAGAUCGUCCUGUGCGCCCUCAAGUGCGACUUGCGGGAAGAGCACGAGAAAGAAGACGACGAGGAGCCCGGGGCUCCCCCAAGGCCUAUGAUUCAAUAUAACGAGGGGUUAGAAGUGGCACGACGCAUCGGGGCGCUGCGAUAUCUUGAAUGCUCAGCGAUGCGGAACCGGGGCGUUAACGAAGCCUUUACAGAGGCCGCGCGAGUGGCGCUGCAAGUCAAGCCGGCUCGAUCGAAAGACGACUCGAAAUGUACGGUGAUGUGA